UUCUUUUUUUUUACUCGUGGCCCGGAAGUACUUAGUUAUUCUUGCUUUCACAGUGGUCUAGUUACCUACGUGUUUUUCAGGAAUAUCUUUUGCCCCAUAUAAUAGUCCAAUGAUGACCAAAUUACAAUAUCUGAAUGUGUAUCUGACUGAGCGUUUGAUGCAAGCUGCCGAGGAGAUACUUGGAGUGGUCGGAGACACGAUCUCCGAAUACCAGGAAGAAAUAACCCGGACAAAGAGAGAGAACCAAUACCUGAAACGACACUUGAUCACACCGGUCCUACCUGCUCCUCGGCCCAUUCUCUCUUGGGUCUCGGAGCAGCAAACUCCCCCUGAGCAACAGCACUGUGAGCAGGAGUGGAGCCCCAGUCUGGGGCAGGAGGACACAGAGCCCACACAGAUUAAACAGGAACAGGGUGAACUCAGGACUCGUUGGGAGGUAGAGGAGAUUCAAGGGCCGGAGGCUGAUACCAAAGGAGACUCCAUAAUCAUUCCUCCCUGUGUGAAAAGUGACUGUGAUCAGGAGCCACCUCAGCCCACACAUCUUCCCCAAACUGUGGAGAACAGAGAGAAGUACUCUCUACUGACCAACACAACUGAACAGAUCAAAACAGAACCCGAUGGAGAGGGCUAUGGAGUAUCACUAUCAGAACCAACCAGUGACUCCCCUCAGUCUCAGCCCCUCUCUGCAGUAAAUCCAGACUGUUCUAGAACACAGAGUGAGAACACUGACGGUGUUACUGAUGUUUCGAGAGAUCCAGAAAGGAGACCAGAGGACACACAGACACACUCAUGUACUCAGUGUGGAGCCGUGUUCUGUGAGCUUUCCCAACUGGAGGCACACAUGCUAUCCCACACAGUACCACACAGUGGUGACACUAGUCACAGGCAAAUCCUCUGCACAGUCUGUUGGAAGUCAUUCACCUCUACCAGUUACCUCAAGGUCCACAUGUGUUCUCACACUAAUGAGAAGCCCUUCCACUGUGGUGUGUGUGGCAAGAGUUUCAGCUACUCAGGCAGGUUCAGGGAGCACCAACGCAUCCACACUGGAGAGAGACCGUACCGCUGCCACGUGUGUGGUAAGCGCUUCAACCGGUCUACCCAUCUGAAGACCCACCUGAGGGUCCACACGGGGGAGAAACCCUACUCCUGUCCUGUCUGUGGAAAAGGAUUCAGUCAGUCCAGCCAGAUCAAAGGACACCUCAGAACUCACACCCGAGGGAGGUAGGAGAAAGAUGCUUUGGAGGGGAAAGACCCCAUGAGGGGAUAGACAGAGCUUUCUGUUCUCACAGUGCCCAGCUUUUAGGAAGAGAAAGAAAUAAAGACAUUACUUCUCUUCAAUGCUACUAAUUCUACAUACACUACAUGGCAAAAGUAUGUGGACACCCCUUCAAAUUAGUGGAUUCGGCUAUUUCAGCCAAUCCCGUUGCUGACAGGUAUAACAUUUACUCUUAGUUGACUUUCAAAGUGAUACCACCUUUGCCACAUUUCCCACAAGUCAGAUCGUCAAAUUUCUAGAGCUUCUCCAGUCAACUGUAAGUGCUGUUAUUGUGAAAUGGAAAGUAUAGGAGCAACAAUGGCUCAGCUGCGACGCGGUAGGCCAUACAAACUCAUAGAACGGGACCGUUGAGUGCUGAAGCUCGUAGUGCGUAAAAACGCCUGUCCUCGGUUGCAACACUCACUACCGAGUUCCAAACUCUGGAUGCAACGUCACCACAAGAGCUGUUCGUCGGGAGCUUCAUGAAAUGGGUUUCCAUGGCCGAGCAGCCGCACACAAGCCCAAGAUUACCAUGCGCAAUGCCAAGAGUGGGCUGGACUGGUGUGAAGCUCGCCUCCAUUGGACUCUGGAGCAGUGGAAACGCGUUCUCUAGCAUAAUGAAUCACGCUUCACCAUCUGGCAGUCCGACAGACGAACCUGGGUUUGGCGGAUGCCAGGAGAACGCUACCUGCCCAAAUGCAUAGUGCCCACUGUAAAGUUUGGUGGAGUAUUAAUAAUGGUUUGGAGCUGUGGAAAGCCUCCCCAGCAGAGUGGAGUCUGUUAUAGCAGCAAAGGGGACCAACUCCAUCUUAAUGCCCAAGAUUUUCGAAUGAGAUGUUCGACUAGCAGGCGUCCCCUUUUGACCAUGUAGUGUAUUAUUGUAACACUAGAGGACUAUAGAAUGUAUGAUGUUUUGUAGACUGUAAUUAAGGCACCUCAUGUCUGCAUUGAGUUAAGAGAGCUGCUCUAAUACAAUGCUAUGAAAAGACUUGAAUGCAUCUCCUCAUGUAUCACUAGGUUACACUAACUAUGUUUCAAUUGGAGCUGGUUGGUCUCCUUGCAAACAAACUUACUCUGUCAUAUUGAUUAAGCAUGUGUGGGAACAUUUACUUUUGAAUGUCUGUUUCUUUAGAGAAAAAAACACAUCAGGUCAAUGUUAGCUGGAGUGACUAGUGGGACUAUUGUUACAGACAACCCAUCCUCACCAAUGUUGUUAUAAAACCAUGUUUGAACACUAGAUGGCAUAUAAUGUAAACUCACCCCAUUUUGUACAAAUGUGCGCAACCGCAACAUUCAAACGAUGCUACAAAGAAGACCAAUGGGACUGUAGCGACUGUGUUGACUUCAAAAUCUGGGGUGUGAACUAGGUUUCUAUUCAAGCGUUGAUGGACAUGGUAAUGCUCUAUAGUAUUGGAGAAAAGUUGAAAAAACGGACCCUCCGUUACAUCGUGACGUGUCAUGUCGUAACUUACAGCACGCAUAAAGCAACUAUUUCUGUCUUACAAUCUCUCUCCACCAGGUGUAGCACUUCUCUCAUCGUUUAAUAACAAGAAAUGGACAGUGACGGGGGGAAUGGGGGGAUACCUAGUAAUUUUUUGUGUCAUCAUUGCAUGCGAUCAUCAUUCUCAAAGCCGCUGUUUACUUCUAAGAUCACGUUAGCACCGCCCUAAAAACCCGCUUAAAAUUCGACACAAACCUUCAAAUAGGUAUGUAAUGACACAUUAUAUAAACUCUUUAUAGUGUUUUAUCUGCAUUUUAGUGGCGAUAAGGUGAUAGGUUGGACAGAUCGAGUGAAAAAAAGCAAUUUUCCCACACAUCUCUCCUUCUCACUAUCACGCAUUAGUUUCGCUUCCCCACCCGCCAUUUUUAAAAAGACCCGACGUGGCUCAUUGCCUGCUUGAAUUAUGCAAAAACGGGCAGUGUUUAGGUCAUGUAAUUGAUUCUGUUGGAAAGGGGAGAAAUUGUGCUUUACAAUGGUAUUGACAUUACAGUUGAUCUGGAAGUAUUACGUUUUUGGGGCGCUAAAAUAAGGGCAAUUGUACGGACCAAGGCGAUGUACGAGUUCACGUGAGUUUACUUUACUUUAAUUAUUUCUCCUUCACAAAAGUGUUACAGUUUUCAAUAUUAAUGCCCUCACAGGUUGCCAAGCAACAGCCUAAAACCUAGAAACAGCUAUUGGUAAGUUUAUGCAUACAUUCAGAAUCUAUGAUGACUCUAUAGCAAAAAAACUUCCCAAUGAGUCUCCUUUUCUGUGUGUGAAUUUGGUGUGGUUACUAGGGUACCAUGCAAUAAUAGAGCACAUCCCAAUACUGUUGAUUAUGGCUCGAUAUAACCCCAAAUGUAUACAUGUAUGACCUUUGACCCCUCCCCCCCAAGGUGGGCCCAUAGAAAUUUCAUUACCAUUCAAAUUGUUUCAUACCUCAAUAUGUGAUGUAUUCUAAAGUUAAAAACAUAUCAAAUGGCCUUAGUUUGAGAAGAUUAUUACCUGUUAAUUCAAAAUGACAUCUCAUACCCUCAAUCCUGUUGGCUCAACGAACCGCAUAACGUUCAUAACAUGUAGUUGUGUUACAGCCUGACUUCAAAAUGGAUUCAAUAAUGUUUUUCUUACACAUCUACACACAAUACCCCUUAAUGACAAAUUAAAAACAUGUUUUUAGACAUUUUUGAAAAUGAAAUGCAGAUAACAAAUUUACAUAAGUAUUCACACCCCUGAGUCAAUACUUUGUAGAAGCACCUUUUGGCAGCAAUUACAGCUGUGAGUCUCCAAGAGCUUUCCACACCUGGAUUGUGCAACAAUUGGUUGUUGAUCAUUGUUAGACAACCAUUUUCAGGUCUUGCCAUAUAUUUUCAAGUAGAUGUAGCCCUUUCCUGCAUUCAAUGACCAAAGGAGCCCUCUUUGGCCUCAUGGCUGCAAUGUUAUUAAUAUUUUACAUAAUUAAAUAAUUAAUAAAGAUUUGAUUUAUUUUUACCAUGAAAAUCCUGUGUUUCUAUGUCAAACAGUUUUGUUAUUUCAGUCUUCUGUAAUGUCUAUAAAGUGUAAUAUUGGGACGCAAACUCAAAAUGUAAUGCAUCUCAAUUCUAUAUCUGACACGGUACAGGUGUCUUCUUUUUUUAAAGCACAUGACCGUGAGGUGUAUACUCUUGUUUCAAAGUAUAUUUGUUUCAGACUACCAAUAACCACUCUGUGACCCUGAUUUAGCCCACUGCAGUGAAACUUCAGUGUAGAUUUGGCCUUGUGAUUUAGGUUAUUGUCCCGCUGAAAGAUGAAAUCAUCUCCCAGUGUCUGGUGGAAAGCAGGUUUUCCUCUAGGACUUUGCCUGUGCUUAGCUCCAUUCCGUCUAUUUUUUUAUUCUGAAAAACUCCCCAGUCCUUAACAAUUAAAAGCAUACCCAUAACAUGAUGCAGCCACCAGUAUGCUAGAAGAUAUGGAGAGUGGUAAUCAGUAAUAUGUUGGCAAAUCCAAUACAACACUUUGUAUUCAGGACAAAAAAGUGAAUUGAUUUGACACAUUUUUUUUGCAGUAUUACUUUAGUGCCUUGUUGCAAACAGGAUGCAUGUUUUGGAAUAUGUUUUAUCCUGUUCAGACUUUCUUGCUUUCACUCUGUCAAUUAGGUUAGUAUUGUGGAGUAACUACAAUGUUGUUGAUCCAUCCUCAGUUUUCUCAUAUCACAGCCAUUAAACUCUGUAACUACACUGCUCAAAAAAAUAAAGGGAACACUUAAACAACACAAUGUAACUCCAAGUCAAUCACACUUCUGUGAAAUCAAACUGUCCACUUAGGAAGCAAAACUGAUUGACAAUAAAUUUCACAUGCUGUUGUGCAAAUGGAAUAGACAAAAGGUGGAAAUUAUAGGCAAUUAGUAAGACACCCCCAAAAAAGGAAUGGUGGUGACCACAGACCACUUCUCAGUUCCUAUGCUUCCUGGCUGAUGUUUUGGUCACUUUUGAAUGCUGGCGGUGCUUUCACUCUAGUGGUAGCAUGAGACGGAGUCUACAACACACACAAGUGGCUCAGGUAGUGCAGUUCAUCCAGGAUGGCACAUCAAUGCGAGCUGUGGCAAAAAGGUUUGCUGUGUCUGUCAGCGUAGUGUCCAGAGCAUGGAGGCGCUACCAGGAGACAGGCCAGUACAUCAGGAGACGUGGAGGAGGCCGUAGGAGGGCAACCACCCAGCAGCAGGACCGCUACCUCUGCCUUUGUGCAAGGCAAAUUUUCAAUUACGGCCUAGGCCUAGGAACAGUGGGUUAACUGCCUUGUUCAGGGGCAGAACGACAGAUUUUUACCUUGUCAGCUCGGGGAUUCGAUCUUGCAACCUUUCGGUUACUAAUCCAACGCUCUAACCACUAGGCUACCUGCCGCGCCAGCAGCACCAUCCAAAGUGUAAUUAAUAACUUCAGCAUGCUCAAAGGGAUAUUCAAUGUCUGCUUUUUUUUUACCCAUCUACCGACAGGUGCCCUUCUUUAAAAUGCAUUGGAAAGCCUCCCUGGUAUUUGUGGUUGAAUCUGUGUUUGAAAUUCACUGCUCGACUGAGGAACCUUACAGAUAGUUGUAUGUGUGUGGUACAGAGAGGAGGUGGUCAUUCAAAAGUCAUGUUAAACACUAUUAUUGCAGAGAGAGUGAGUCCAUGCAACUUAUGUGACUUGUUAAGCACAUUUUUAUUCAUUUUUACUCCUUAACUGGCCAUAACAAAGGGGUUGAAUAAUUAUUGACUCAUGACAUUUCAGCUUUUCAUUUGUAAUUAUAUAUAUUUUAAAUGUUCAAUAACAUAAUUCCACUUUCACAUUUUGGGAUAUAAAUUUAAUCUAUUUUAAAUGCAGGCUGUAACACAACAAAAUGUGGAAAAAUUCAAGGGGUGUGAAUACUUUCUGAAGGCACUGUAUUUAAUUGCCUGCACAUUGUGUUGCCGUAAAGGAGGGCCCAUUCCACUCAGGAGCACUUUUACUUUCCAAAUCAACAGAGUUUACAACCCAAGGAGCAUCACUGCUCAUUCUGUGGACCUUAAAGAGGGACCUAUCAGAGUUAGAAAGCUGGCUGUCAAACAUUUUACAAUGUAAGUUUACUUUUAGUCCAUCUAUCUGUAUAUUUCAAGACGGGAAUAGGGAGGUGCGGUGAGAUACCCAAUGGGUUGAACAAUAAUUUUUUCAUCACUUAUAUUGAAGACGCUGUUACUUAAAUAUUGGAAGUCAAAUGAUACACCCAUGUUAAGAGAAUGGAAUAAUCAAAUGCUUUAUUAUUUAAAUAUUGGAGAGAAAAAAUCUGGCUCCAGACAAACAACACAAUUUGAAGUCAUACGGGGCAGAGUCUUACAAGCAUGAGAAACAAAGUUGGGUGUGGAGACGGUGGGAACAUGUGGGUCUGAGCAAGUGUGAUGUCAUUUAUGUUUGGAAAUGUAUUUAUGUAAAUGUUCAUUUGUCUAUUGUUUUAGUCUAUGUACUGUAUGUUUUUGCUGCCUCCCCCCCCCCAUAUAAACUCAGCAAAAAAAGAACGUC